AUGUGCUCCGCCUCGCCCCCCGUCUCCGAAGACGCGACCUCUACCGCAUCGUCGUCCCCGGGGAGGCCGCGUUACACGCCCGAGAAAAAUACGGUGCCGCCCGCUGGGGGCUGGCCGCACAUGACCAAGGAGUAUUGCGCGGGCUUCAAGUCCGAUUACACCGUCCAAGUGCUGCGCCACCUGCCCUACUUUGAAAAGAGACGCGACGACGAGGCGGCCGUGCAUUACAAGUCGCACCUGAUAGACUACAUUGCCUGGACAACCGAGGACUGUGCAGCAGGAGACCAGGCGGUGGACUGCUUUGAAUUUCGCGAUGACGAGAACGACUUGGUCGACGCCGCCGACGUCUUUUACUUUGCCGAAGGCUGCCAAUUGUAUGGUCGUUACAUGUGGUUGAUGGUGGCCGAUGGCAGCGUUGUCGAGGAGCUUGUUCGCUCCGACAACAUCCUAAACUAUGACGUUGGUCUGUAUUUUGAGGAGCUGAAAGCGGCGUACCGCAGCCUCAAGCUUAUCCCGUGCUUUGGAAAGAAGACGUUGGAGGCCGACAACGUCCCCGAGGUCGCCGUGGACAUCACCAAGGAACAGGUCUACGCCCAGCCUCAAGACUGGGGAACGGAUCUGGAUGUCCAGUACAUCAGGCAGGUUUACCGGCAGCACGGGUGGCCAGAUGCCUUCCAGAGGGACGAGGCCAAGAAGGCUAUAGAUGACUUGAUCCAGUCGAUGCCGGAGGAGCGAGACAGCUGGAUGUGGGAGUUUACUUUUCUCUGA